ACUUUCUGCUUUGCAAAAAAAAAAAAAUUACAUUCCUUCAUUUUAUACACCACACAUAAUAGCAUACCAUUACUUUGCCUUCAAUGGGACGGCCUGCACAAACCACUAUCAAACGAUUUGUCUCCAAUGUUGUAGAGAAGCCCCAAGUGUUCUUUACAGCUAACGACAAGAUCGUCGAUCAAGCCCUUGGCGUGGCAAAACACUUUUAUAAUACAGCCAAAAAGAAUGAAGAACUUGAAUUCUCGCCAUUUCCCGAAUUAUUGACAGAAGGCUUCGAUCGCGAUCAGAUCUGGGAAGAGAUUGCUACACAGAACGAACCUUUCUUAAGCUACGCCAAAACUACCGUCGCCGAAUUCGCUCGCAAGCGUAAACGAUCUGAAUUAGAACAAGAAUUGGAAGCCGAGCAAGACGAUGAAGAAGAAAGUGUCUCGGGUAGAUCUAUGGAUCUUGACGACGACGAGAACGAGGACAGUGGAUCUGGCUACGACAAUGAAGAGUUUUUGAAGGCAAGCGAUGACGAAGCAGAACAAGAAGGCGACGAAGAGGAAGAACUGGGCGCUGAUGAUUUGGAGCAAGACGACGAUCUUGAAGAAGAAGAAAUAAACGAAGAAGAAGAAGAAAUCUCACCAAAGAAAAAGAAACGAUCCGAAGUGGAUGACGACUUUUUCAACCUGGAAGAGUUCAAUAACUGGACCGAAAAACAAGAAGAACUUGACAUGAUGUCAGAUCGAGAAGAGGAAGACGAUGCAUUAGAUUUUGACAACGAUAUGAAUGAUGAAGAAGACGAAGAUGAUGACGAGGAUUUAGGAGACGUAUCAGAAAUGAAGUUCGAGGAAUUUUUCUUGCCUGCAAACAAGAAACGUACAAGCGCAAAACCUAUAAAGCAAGUCAAAUUUGCAUUAGACGGCGGCGAUGACGAUGAAGAGGGGGAGUCAAGGCUCGACGAUGAAGAAGAUCUUGAAGGACUCGACAAAGACGAGCCACUCGGAGACGAUGACGACGACGACGACGACGAAGAGUUAAUAGAUCAAGACGAAGAGGACGAAGAGGAUAAGGAUGAACAUUCGGCACGUGAUCUUUUUGCAGCUGAUGAAGAAGAGGAGGAAGAGGAAGACGAGUCAUCCGUACACCAGAAGCGACUGGAUCGCAUCAAAGCACAAAUCGAACAAUUCGAGCAAGAAAACAUUGACGCUAAACACUGGACACUCCGUGGUGAAGCCACUGCUAAAAGUCGACCGGUCAACAGUCUUUUAGAAGAAGAUUUAGAAUUCGAUCAUUCCGCAAAGCCUGUCCCCGUCAUCACACAAGAAACCACAAAUGCAUUAGAAGAUAUCAUCAAGAAACGUAUUUUAGAUAAUCAAUUUGACGAUGUCGAACGGAAACAAGAUCCGACGCUCAGACCCUUCUUACCAUCAAAACGUGUGAAUAUCAGCGAUGAACGAUCGAAGCGAUCACUUGCCGAGCUGUACGAAGACGAUUUUGUCAAGCAAAAGACCGGUGAUACGACGAAUGAAAAGGACGAGGCAUUGAAGCAGGAGCAUGAGGAGAUUACUAGCAUGUUUGAUUCAUUAUGUCACAAGUUGGAUGCGCUCAGCAACUUCCACUUUACUCCAAAGGCACCCAAGGCCGAGGUGACUAUUGUCAGCGAUGCACCUGCCAUCAGUAUGGAAGAAGUGACACCUGUCAAUGUCUCGGAAGCCACGUUGCUUGCACCGGAGGAAGUGUAUGAGAAGAAGCAGGGCGAUGUCAAGAGCAAGUCGGAAAUGUCUCAGGACGAGCGUAAGCGGGCACAUGCACAAAAGAGAAAGAUGAAGCGGAAGGAGAAGUCCAUGAAGGAGCGAGAAAUGAAGCUGAUCAGCAAGAUGAAUCCGGGCAUGGGACACAAGCAAGCCAAGAUGAAGGCUGUAAAGGACUUACUCGGACAAAAGGUAACUUUGCGAUUAAUUUACUACUCCAUCUCCGCACGCUUUGCUAAAUUGGAAUGUCUUCUUUUCAGAACGUGGAAAUUAUCAAGAGUAAAUAAGGGCGGUAUUUCAUUGUUGGCGUUUUUUAAUAUAAAACAAUACGAGAAAAAAAUAUAUACAGUUAUGAUUUGCACGAUCCCGUCAUUAUGUGUAUGGGCGCAGAAGAUAUAAAAGAGAGAGAGAGAGAGAGAGAGAGUGUGUGGAUCCACCGAUAUACAAAAGAAGAGAGAAAAGAAAAAGAGUAAUUCAUAUUGCUGGGAGAAAGGGGAUAAGGCGUACAACGCCUGAGGGAUGGUGGGGAUGAUUGAUACGGAUAAAGAGCAUAUAAAUUAGGACAAUAAUAGAAAGGUAGGACGUAGAUACAUUAAGUUAUAUAGGCAGAGAAAGAGAGGGUAUGUCGUUGUUGUAGUAGU